UAAAGGGACCAUCGCUUAUGCUAAAUCUCAGUACUAACCUGAAAAGUAAAAGCCCGGAUAAUGUGCGAACAAAAAAUGUAUAUUUUGAAAGUGACGUUACUACUUAUAUUCGGACACUUCAUAAGUGCAACUAAAUAUCAGUUUGUUCCUGUUAAUGAUGACAUAUUUUCCGAUUGCCCAAAUAAACCAAAUAGUACCUUAAAAUUAAAUAAAUUCGUCGACUUGUCUAAGAUGAGAUUUGAUGGAAAUGCGGAUAAAAUAAUGAUAUCCGGGAAUGCUACAAUAGUUUGGAAUAUUCAAAAGACAGAUCGCAUUUCGCUCACUACGGCAACUUAUCGAUAUGAUCGUGGGCAAUGGUACUAUGGACUAUUAUCCAAUACGGACCCUGACAUUUGUGGAGCACUGUUUGAUACAAGACGAUUACUUUACAUGUAUUUAGGUAAAUUCAUCGUCAAUAAGAGUGAAAUCAAGGACAAAUGUUUUAAUGUGCCCGGAACCCAAAUAGUUAUUGAACCAUUUGAAGUAAAUAUGGUAUUCGAAUAUCCAGGUCUUCCAGUAUAUGGGCUUUUCAAGAUGGAGUUAACAUUGAAAGCUUACGACAAACAGAAUAAGCAAGUACCAAACUCUGUAUGUACCGAAAUAAUUGGUGAACUAAUCAGAAUUUCCUAA